AUGAAACAACACCAACAACAACAACAACAAAAUAAUAAUAUUCUCAAACAUCAAAUAUCAUCAUCAUCAUCAUAUUGUUGGUCACAUUAUACAACAAUCAUAGCCAAUGAUUUGGUUGGUACAGUCACAGCUGUACAUUUUUUUCAAAUAUCCAUUCAAUUAUCAUCAAAUGAUAAUUCAUUAAAAUCAUCAACCGGAAGUUAUUCAUCGACUACAGCCGAUAAUGAUGGAUCGAUAUUUGAACAACAACAACAACAACAAUAUUAUUAUUAUUAUAAUGAUGAUAAUUUUAGGUCAUAUCUUGAUAAUAAUGAUGAUGUUGUUGUUGGUCAUAAUAAUGAUAACAAAAACAACAACAAUAUUAUUAAUAUUAAGCGCCAUUUAAUCUUAUCAUUGGGAACAACAAAAGGUCAUCUAAUUCUGGUAGAAAUGUUUUUGCCAAAAAUGUCAACUAAUGAAGAUUAUAAUGAUAAUAAUGAUGAUCAAAUAAAUCUAUCGACAAAUAUUAUUAAUAACAAUAGAACAAAGAUGACAUCAUCGGCAACAACAAUGGCCAAUACAUUUCGUAUCAUCUAUCAUUGUCGUGAAAUGACUACCGAACCAAUCGAUAUGAUUCGGUUCGAUGAAUUUGGUAAUCGAAUUUUUAUAGCCGAUACUAGUGGAAAAUUAUUUGUCCUUUGUAAUGUACAUGAAUUGGUUAUUAAUGCUAUCACCACCACCACCACCACCACAACAAAAACAACCACAAACGCCAUUGACAACAUUGGCCCGCAUUUAUGUCCAACAAUUUUAAUUAAUCUCAAUGGAAUCGGAAUCAAUCAAUUUGAUGUUUGUGAAAAAUAUUUCACUUUCUCAUCAAAUGAGAAUCGUAUUUAUUUUUUCAAUUUUAAUGAUGCCAAUUGUUUUCAAGUUGGUAAAUCAACUGUACAUAUGAACAGGCCGCCUGGUGUUUGUAUAAUACCGGUCAUUAAUAAUGAUUAUAAUAAUAAUGGUGAUGAUGAUGAUCAAUCUUCAACAAUUUCCGAUGAUAAUUAUGAUAAUGAUCUCAUAUACAAAACAUUCAUAUCACGUCCAAAAUGUCGUCUAUGGGAAGUGAAUGAAAUUGGACAAAUUGAAUUCACUCAUCAAUUUAUGGAACUAGUCAAUCGAUCAACAACAGUGUUAAUGGACAAUAAUAAUACUAAUAAUACACCGAUCUUUAAUGAUAAUACCGGUAUAUUUGAGAAUCAUGAAAAUUUUCAACAUUCUUCCAAACAGUUAAAUUACGAAAAAGUACAUAGUUUUGGUCGACUUUAUUUAAUGUAUCAUCCGGUUUCCUGUGAUUAUUAUCUUGUAACCUAUGCAACAACACAACAACGACGACGACUAACCACGACGAUAGAAUCAAAGAAUGUGGAUAAAAGUCGUAUCUAUGUAAUAGAUAUCCAUGAUCAAUCAUUGGUGGCUAUUAGUGAACAAUUUGAUGGUCGUAUUGAUGUAUUAAAGUGUUUACAAAAUGAAAUCUAUGUAUCAUACUAUCUAACAAAUGAUUUAACAACAAACAGGUUACGAAUGUUUGUAAUGACAUUGAAUUUUAAAAAAUCAAAUGAUUCAUCAUCGAAAUCAAGUUCAUUAUUAUCGAUGGAUAUUGUUGUUGAUCAACAUCCAACUAUUGUAUCUAGUGGAUUUUCUAGCGAUCCAAACAGUGUGGAACAAGAAACACCUGUAGAAGAAGAAGAAAUUGAAAUUAUUCCAGUUAUAUCCAAAAAUAAAUCGUUAUUAAACUUAUAUAAUCAACUUUUACAAAAAACAUCUAGAUUAAAACUAACAUCAACAUUGCAUAAUGAAGAAGAAGAAUUUGAAACAUAUAAUUGUUCUCAAUGUGAUCUGCCUGUUGCCAAUUUUUUUCGUUGUAUUGAUCAAAAUCAAUCGGAUCAAUUAUUAUUUGAAACAAUUUAUUCGAAUAUUGAAACCGACCAAUAUGAAGAAUUGAUUUCGAUAGCAAAAUCUAGAAGAAAUUGGCCAAUGUAUCUACGAUUAUUGCUUGCUUCACCACGAUUAGAUGAUCGUUUUUUAUUCAUGGCUAUAUUAACAGAUGAUCCAUGUUUAAUUAUUGAACAAAGUCGAAUUAAACCAAUCAAUGAAUCAAUACAAUGGGAAAAUUGUCUGAAAAAUUUACAUUGUCAAUUAAUAUCUUCAACAACUGAAUCAUAUGAUCGUAUGAUUGAACAAUCGGAUCAUAGAUGUCGUUUGUGUUUAUUAAGAAUGGAAAAUAAUCGGAAAAAAUUGAUCGAAUUUUUUGAAAAAACUUUUCUACUUUCCAGUCUUUUCCAUUGCCAUAGUGAUAUUAUCAUUAAUGAAUUGAUUGUAAAAACAUUGACAAUAUUAGAUUUAAAUCCGGAAAAUUCAUAUGCAUUCAGUAUCGAUUUUUAUAUACGAAUACUUUGCUAUAAAAUAAUGGACGCAGCUAUUGUUGAUCAUACAAGAUUAUUGAUCAAUAAAUUUAGUCAACGAAUCAAAAGAAAUGAUAAUCAUCAAAUUAGUGGAAAUAUUGAGAAAAAUUUUGAAGAUUGGAAUGAUGUGCAAUCUACGUAUAAUGAAAUGUAA